AUGUCGUUUUUGUCGGCACUACUCUGCUGUUUUGACAACGAAAAAGCCGAGAGGCAAGAAACUCUGAUAUCAAACCAGCCAAAACUUACAGCAACUCAAUCGAAUUUACAGAAGGCUCUCAGUCACAGACCUUCAAACUCCCAACUUUCUAGCAAGCCGUCUGCCACACAGGAACCAGACUCAAACUCGAAGAAACACUCGACACAACCGAGAAUGAUUCCUUCGGACCACAACGAAAAUGCUGCAUUUAAACAAAAUGCGGUCACGGAGCUGACCGAUUCGAAAGAUUCAACAGAUAGUUCGAAAGACGACGAGACGCUAAAUGCCGCUCAAGAGUCUCCAGAUACCAACACACAAAUUCUUCAGAAACAGGCCAUCCCUAGAUCGAUGGACCCGGUGCCAGACACGGGAAUCUUGACCCAGACACCGGAGGCAGAGGUGAUUCAGAAUGAAGAGGAGGAUGAGGAAAUUUUGUACCAAGACGAACCUAUGGACGAGGACCAUUUUGAAGACUUGGACCUCACCCGAAUCCAGACCGACCAGGUUGUUGCAUCGUCGGGCUGGCUUUUGGAUCCUCCUCCAGCCCAUUUGAAAGGGAAGAAGUGUUUGGUUCUUGACCUUGAUGAGACUCUUGUGCAUUCGUCGUUCAAGUACAUUCGACAUUCCGACUUUGUGAUUCCAGUGGAGAUCGAGAACCAAAUACACAACGUUUACGUGAUCAAGCGUCCCGGAGUGGACGAGUUUUUGAAACGAUGUGGUGAGUUAUACGAGGUUGUUGUGUUCACCGCUUCUGUUUCGAGAUAUGGUGAUCCAUUACUGGAUAUUUUGGAUGUGCACAAAUCUGUUCAUCAUAGGUUAUUCCGGGAGAGUUGCUACAACUACCAAGGAAACUACAUCAAGAACUUGUCCCAGAUGGGAAGACCUUUGAAAGACCUGAUUAUCAUUGAUAACUCGCCAGCCUCUUACAUUUUCCAUCCACAGCAUUCGAUUCCUAUUUCGAGUUGGUUCUCAGACACUCACGAUUGUGAGCUUAUAGACUUGCUCCCCUUUUUGGAGGAUCUUGCGGAAAAGAACGUUGACGAUAUUGGAUUGGUUUUGGAUGUGAAUUUGUGA